AAUGGCAAAUCCACAAGAGGAACCUAAAUACACAAAGCUUUUCAUUAACAAUGAAUUUGUUGAUGCCAAAUCGGGCAAAACAUUCCCAACUGUAGAACCUGCCACUGGUAAGGUUAUUGCUCAAGUUGCUGAGGGCGAUAAGGCCGAUGUUGAUUUGGCUGUAGAAGCUGCCAAGAAAGCAUUCCACAGAAAUUCACCAUGGCGCAAAAUGAGUCCUUUGCAACGUACCGAAUUGAUGCUCAAACUCUGCGAUCUGAUGGAACGCGACAAGAUUUUCCUGGCUAACAUUGAAACUCGUGAUAAUGGCAAGACUUAUGCUGAUGCCCUAUUUGAUGUGGAGACUGCCAUUGUCACAUUGAAAUAUUAUGCUGGCUGGACUGACAAAUUUUUUGGCGAUACCAUUCCUGCUGGUGAAUUGGUUUCCAUGACCCGCAAAGAACCCAUUGGUGUUGUUGGACAAAUUAUUCCCUGGAAUUAUCCAAUUUUAAUGUUGUCCUGGAAAUGGGGUCCGGCAUUGGCUGCUGGUUGUACCAUUGUCAUGAAACCUGCCGAACAAACUCCAUUGUCUGCCCUACAUAUGGCUGCUUUGGCCAAGGAGGCUGGUUUCCCAGCAGGUGUUAUUAACAUCAUUAACGGCUUUGGUCCUACCGCCGGUGCUGCCAUUUCUGAACAUCCUGACAUAAAGAAGGUGGCAUUUACUGGUUCCGUUGAGGUUGGUCGCAUUAUUAUGGCAGCUGCUGCUAAAUCGAAUCUUAAGCGCGUAUCAUUGGAAUUGGGCGGUAAAAGUCCAUUGGUGGUAUUCGAUGAUGCCGACCUUGAUUUGGCUGUAGACAUUACCAGUGAAGCUAUUUUCACAAAUCAUGGUCAAUGUUGCUGUGCCGGUAGCCGCACCUAUGUUCAUGAGAAGAUCUACGAUGCAUUUGUUGCAAAGGCCGUAGCCAAGGCUAAGACUCGUAAAGUAGGCAAUCCAUUCGAUAAGGAUGUUGUCCAAGGACCACAAAUUGAUGAGGAAAUGAUGACCAAAGUCUUGGGUUACAUUGAAAGUGGCAAAUCCCAAGGUGCCAAACUGCAAUGUGGUGGCAAACGUAUCGGAGAUGUUGGCUACUUUAUUGAACCAACAGUAUUUUCAGAUGUUACUGAUGACAUGAAAAUUGCCCAAGAAGAAAUCUUUGGUCCCGUUCAGUCCAUCAUCAAAUUCAGCAACAUCGAGGAAAUGAUCGAUCGUGCCAAUAAUACCAAUUAUGGCCUGGCUGCUGGUGUCAUUACUAAUGACAUCAACAAGGCUCUGCAUUUCGCCAACAAUGUUGAUGCCGGCUCCGUAUGGAUCAAUUGCUACGAUGCUGUUUUGCCACAAACCCCAUUCGGCGGUUUCAAACAAUCCGGCAUUGGUCGUGAAUUGGGAAAGGAUGGUUUGGACAAUUAUUUGGAAACUAAGACAAUUACCAUGAAAUUGUUGUAAGAUGG